CAGAACCAAUACAGUAACUUUCCCGGAUCCUGCAAUGACAGAAAUGUUUGGUUACAUGUUUGUUUACCUACAAGAGGUGCGAGCUACUGAAAGACUUCAUUCUGUUUGUCUAAUGGUUUAGAGAAAGGAGAUUCAGAAACCGAAAUGAAGGUUCUGCAGCUGCUUCUGAAUCAGUUUCCGGUUGCCUGUGAAACCGAUAUUACCUGGUUGAAAGAAGUUUUUACGCUCAUCAAAGACGAAGUGUGUCCUAUAUUGCCGCCCCAUCCUCUUUUCAUGAAGGAGUCGCACUGCUCUGAAAGGGAGGAUGUGUGUGAUGAUUCAAAUUCAACUGUGGACAGUCGUGCUUUCCACCUAACCUUGAGUCUCCUGAAGAAGAUACAGGAGCUCAAGUGUUCCACAAAUACAAUAUCUCUCAACUACAGGCUGGUGUCAGCAACUGAACUGCUCUCCCAUCAACGUCUCGCUUGCGUCAGCAACCUGUUCCGGAAAACCUAUCAGCAGAAAGCUGGGGAUAAGGCUGAGAUUCACUCAUCUGGUCAACAACCCCUACCAAGCGUGAACCUGCUCUUGGUUGGAUGUUUGAGGACAGGAGUGAAUGGAGACUGGAUGCUGACCAACCGGUGGGGAAGUGUUAGAUGUGAGUGCUUGUGCCCCUGUCCUCUGUGGCUGAAUCGCCCCAUCUUCCUGCCUCACUGGAAUUACAUACCUCGCAAUUCUGAAGAGAGGGGUGCAACAGGGGGCCAUCUGGAGCUUAUUGCUCCUCCAGUCCUACUGAGUGACAGCCCAUCAAGUGGACCACUUUCUGCUCCUUCUUCAGGGUUUGAGCAUCAAAGAGUCAUCAGUGUUCAGGAGGCUUCUGGCAUUCUGAACAACAGAGCCAGAGGACAACGUAUAUCUGUGUUUGGCAAAGUGUCGAGUGUCUCCCCUUUGCUGGUCAUUGCAGGAACGUCCUUUUUCUGCUUGUCAUUGACAGAUGACACACAAACUCUACCUAUAAUAGUCAAGGAGAGCACCAAGCUGUGGUGGAACCAUUGUAUUUGUGUUGGCAAGAAUGUAUGCUUGACAGCCCUGCGUGUGUGCACUUUGCGUGCUUGGAGAAGGAACAAUCUGUUGUGUGUUACUGAACAGUCGGAAAUGAUCUACGAUCAGACGCAAAAGCAUGAUGUUCAUAACUGCAGCCAGAGUGACCCACAGUCCAACACUGCCCUUUCUCUGAUGUCAGUAGCCAACCAACGACCUAAACCUGCAAAACAGAUGGCCAAUUCAAUUGCAAGGGUCAAACAUUCCAAACUGAUCAGUUACCAGGGGACUGUGACAGAUGUCGUGAGUGAGGGGGCAGGUUUGUAUAUAAUUGACAGCAAAGUAGGUCUGUGCCUUGCCUAUCAGCCAUCACUCAGGAGGAACCUGAGAUCUGGAGAUGUUAUUGAGCUCCACAACAUUCAUUUCCUUUACACCCCAUGUCCAGACUUCCCGCCUAUUAUGCUUUGCACAUGCCUGCACUCCACGUUAAGAGUCAAAACCUUCAGCAGAGUGAUGGCCUCUGAAGCUGACCGUGCCUGCCCUGGUGAUGGAGUCCUACCGAAGUUACUGCUGGAGAACAACAUUGGGGUGUCUGAAUACCUGUGGACUUGUCAUCAAAGUUCUCAGCUUAGACGCAGUUUGUUCCUCAGCUUGGCUGAACUGCAAUACUGCGUGUGUGAGUUGUCAUGGAAACUGAUGGAGCAUUUAUUGAGAUGUGGACAACCAAAAAAGAGAGACAUUUACAGUGAAAUGCUUGAGCAGCCUCAUUCAUGUGUUCUGAACCAGUACCAUGUGGACCAUGCUGUAUAUCAGUCCAUUAGUGUUUCUGAGCUGACAGAGUCCCUUCAGUCCGAGUGCUGGUCUUCACUGUGUAUAAGGUCUCAGUUGAGCUCUGCGGUGCCCGGUCCUGCAGAUGCUGGAUGUUCCAGUAUUCAGAUCAACAGUGCACUGUCCUGGUCCUAUAGGAUCCUUACCUCGGACGCAAGGAAGAGCGUUGAGAAUAAAGAAGCAUUGAGGCAGCGCCCCCUGUUGGUAAUCGGAAUUUUAGAGCUCCCAUCACAGCCCGGUGGACAUUCACUGAGCCUUCGGGACGGAACUGGAACCAUCGGCUGUGUCCUUACAGAAGCUGGUCCAGAUGGACAGAUGGCGGCCUACAACACAGCCUGGAUAGGUUGUCUUGUGUGUGUCCAUCAGUUUGACAUGGUAAUGGAAAGGAUCCUCCAAUCUGACUUUCCAUCCGACCAACACCUGCAACAUGGGUCAUUGAUCAAACACCGGGAAUGCAGAGUUUACCUCCAGUUUUCCCUCGACCAUAUCUGCAUCCUCAGUCCAUCUGUUUCUAUGGUUACUCAUCUUCAUCAUAGGGAUAUUGAUGCAGAGACAAAACAAAAAUGUAAUGACUUUUCUACUGUUACCACAACCACUACCUGUCACUCUUUGGUGAUAAGGGUCGACGAGAAAGAGGGCGUGACCUUGAAAAACAUGAGAGGAGAACCAAAUGAAGAGGAGUCGUGGCUUACUCCUUGUUUCACAGUUAAGGUCACGGUGACUGGCCCUGUGGUCUGUUGGAAACAGGACCCAAAAAACUGUCAAAUGACUGACGAGGAAGUUGGAGUUGGAGAGAAGGUCAUGCUGAUUUGUUCCGGUGUUUCCUCUUGCUGGUUUCCUAUGUUCCAACCUGGAGUUUACUACAGACUAGUAACUAGAAACGCACAGAGUUCCACCAUUUUGACUGGGGUUAGCGUUUCUGCCAAGAGUGACCCCACCCUGCAAGUCCAACCAGAGUGGAGGUUUUAUACAUUGACACAACCGCUUCUUUUGUCCAAGUUGCAUCAGAUUUUCUCAUUUCAGAUCUUAACAAUUUCUGAGGUUCUGGAAUCCAGUUUAGAAGUGGUGUGUUUCCAAGGAAUGGUGUCUGAGAGGAUUCAUUUGAAUGAUAGGACGGGUGACCAAAGACUCGCUUAUUCAGGCACGCGCUUGACCAUGUUUGAUCAAAGUGGCAGAAGUCUACGGGUGUACAUAGACUUGACAAACACUCCAUAUCUACUUGGCCUUUUGCCAGGCAACAUAUUGCUGCUCUCAGGAUUCCAGAGGAGACUUUCAAAGUCUGGAAGUGUGUACUGUUCUUAUCUCCCCAUUAGCUCCGUAACUGUGGUCACACUGGGAAACAACAGCUCAGUACAGCCUCCUCCAGCUCCUCCCAUGCUCAUUGGGCAAUGGGCUCUCCGUGAAGACCGUGACUGUGCAGUUGGUCAGGUCAAGGGUCAUGUAGUUUGCUGCCUGUCGUUGCAACUCCACUGGAGUUGCUCUGUCUGUGGGAACAUUUACACAAUGGCUGCAGACAAUUGUCAGUGCCUCAUGUCCUCUGCAUUAUUUAACUCCAAAGCAAAGUUAGUGAUUGAGGAUGGGACCGGUGAAGCUCACGUCUGGUUCUCAGGUCAACAAGUCCAAUCUGUGUUGGGAUUGGGGGAGUCUGAGUGGGAAGGGCUCCAGAGGGCCCUCAGAACUCGAGGCCAUAUCAGAGUUCUUCCCCAAGGACAAAACAUGAUUAGCACCACAGAUGACCCCCUUCAACACUUCUUGGAGUGGUUAUGUAGCAGUAAAGUUGCAUGUCGUCUGCUUACACUCACCUGCAGAAAAUUCAGUAACCAGACAAGGAGACAAAACGAGACAAAAUUGUUCAGUCGAGGAGAUCGAAACUUCAUGACAAGACACAGCCCUGCCCUCCAGCUUGCCUGCGUCCACCUCCAUGAGCUCGUCUGAGACUUUCAGUGUUUUUGAAUAAUUGUAAGCUGCAAGAAAAUAAUUGUUUUUGUAUUUGUAAUUGUUGUCAUUCCUUAGUCAGUGUUUACCUUUGUCCUUAAGCUUGUGACCAAAACAAGUUUAGCCAUAUGGUUAGCUAAGUCCUCAACAAAUAGUAUUUUUUUAUUUCAAUACACAUUCUGUAUUCUGUACACUUUAUAUGGUACAUACUCAAUAUAACAUAAACUAAUGAUGCUUACCAAAAAUGUUACAGUUAAUGUUGAACCAGCAUGUCGACCAAAAACAAGGUGCUUGAGUCCAGCAUAUGACUAUUAAGUUUUAUUCAUUGGCAUGAGUUACUACAAUUCUUUAGUGUGUGUUAAGAUAAUUCUUGGCAAAGAAGAGGAAAUGGCAAACGGCAAGAGAGAACAGUUCAGUAAAAUAAAAGUAAAAUUAAUGAGCUUUACUGCCCGGCAGCAAGGAGAGGAUACUAUGCAACCACUAAGGUGAAUCAUCUGACCUAAAGACUUAAGUCUCUAAGCAAUGAUAUUUUGGACACUUUGAUAGUGCUGCAAAAGAAGAUAUGCCCCUUUCAGAGUGAGACCUUGUGAAC